AUGGCGUUUAGAGGCAAAGAAAUGAUGAAGAAAGUUCUCAAAAAAGUUGGAGAGAAGAAUUUGACUCCACGAGUGAAGGAAUCUUUGGAGAAAUGUCUUCCUCGAAGCAAAGUUGUGAUGAAUCGCGCUAAACGUGGUUUAUUUGCCGGGAAACACAUUCAGUUUGGUAAUAGUGUUAGUGAAGAUGGUGGUAACAGGACAAGGAGAACUUGGAAACCUAAUGUCCAGGACAAAAGGCUCUUUAGUUAUAUUCUAGAUCGUCACAUUCGUGUUAAAGUCACCACUCACGCUCUUCGUUGCAUAGACAAGGCAGGUGGAAUUGAUGAAUACUUGCUAAGGACUCCUUAUCACAAAAUGGACACAGAAUUAGGCCUCUUGUGGAAGGCGAAGAUUGAGAAGUUGUAUGAAGAACUUGGAACGAAGGAGGUUGUAUUCUUUUUGCCAGAGGAUGAAGAGAAGUUUGAACAGGGCUUUAAAGAUUUGAGAUUAGCCGAAAGGGAAGCACGAAAAGAAGUCAGAAAAAUGGUGUACGCCGGGAUGAACAAGCAUAAACCAAUUGAGGUUGAAAGUAAGGAUGAUCAAUCUAGUGACGAGGGAGCUGCUAAAGUUGAGGGAGAAAUCUCACACGAUCCAUCAAAGAGAUUGGUUCCUGUCUCAUAUGUCUUAGCUGCCGACAAACUCAAAGUUGGAAGUUAUAUUACUAAUUGA